AUGUUUAAAGUUGGCGAACGAUUAAGCAUAAAUAAUGAGCUUUGUACAAUAAAAUAUAUUGGUGAAAUAAAAAACUGGCCAGGUGAAGAGACAUAUGGGCUGGAGUGGGAUAAUACUUCUCGUGGUAAACAUUCUGGUACUAUUGAUGGUAUCGAAUAUUUUUCGGUACGAAUCCCAGGGUCUGCUUCAUUUAUGAGGGGAACAAAGUUGCUUAGAGAACAUCAACCACCUCGAACCUUUGACCAAGCAUUGAGAGUAAAAUAUGGUGAUGAUUUGAAUGAUAUUGGGGAACUAAAAUUUGGUUCUAAGACUGUAAUUGGUUAUGGGUUUGAAAGCUUGACAGAAAAAAAUAAAUUAUUCAGUAAACUCCAAUUUGUAUCAUUAAGAAAACUCCAAAUAAGUGAUCAAACAUUGACAGAAAAGGAUCUGCAAAUUAUAGAAUAUCACUGCAGUAGCAUUAUAUCGUUGGACAUAUCUUUUAACCUAAUAACAGACAUCAGUUUUACAAUUAAACUAUUACAUAGGCUGAAAAAUUUAGAUUCUAUCAAUAUAUCAGGAAAUAAAUUAAAUAAGGGAUGGGAAAAUAUUUCCAAUAUCACUCUGAAUAAGGUCAAACAUGUAACCAUGCAAAAUUGCGAAAUUAAAUCAGAAAACUUAACUAAUAUUUUCCGAAGUUUUCCCAAUCUAAUUAAAUUAGAUAUUAGUAACAAUCCAUUAAAUGAGUUCAAACUCAACAAUGUGAUAUUUCCUCAGUCGUUAGAAGAACUACAUUUAUCUGGUUGUUUGUUGACCGACAUACCACUCAGUUUGUGCAAAACGAACAUUAAAAUAUUAAACAUUUCGAAUAAUCUGAUUAAGUCAUUUAAUGAUACGUUAUUACCUUCCGUAUUUCAUUUAAAUAUAUCCGAUAAUGGAUUGAUUGAAUGGGAUUUGAUUGAUAUGAUAAACGUGAAAUUUAAUAACUUAACUUCCUUAAAUAUUCAAAGGAAUCCAAUAUUCAAAGCUAAUCCAGAAAAUUUUCAAGAUUUUUACCAACUAAUAGCUAGGUUUGAUAAUUUAACAGCCUUGGAUGGUUCUGACUUUGAUUUGUUGACAAGAAAAGAGGCAGAGUUGUUCUUCAUUUCUAAAGUUUCUUCUGGCGAAAUAUUAAUUAAUGAAAAUUUGCAAAGGUACAAAACGCUAGUAAAACUGUACAAUUGCUCUAAAAGAGAAAAAAGUGACAGCAUCUCUUGGUUAUCUGAUCAGAUUAUGGAACUUAGACUAACUUUUGAAAAUUCCUCUCACUUUGACACUCGUGUAACAACUUUAGCAAAUUGUUCUAUUCGUUAUUUAAAAAGUGUUAUAUGUUCGAAACACAAAUUGAAUGUCUUGGAAACAGAGUUAUAUUUAAUAUCAGACUUAGGGAGUAUGGAAAAUUUGCAUAGAGAAUUUGUCCAACUUAGUGAUUAUGGGAUUAGAAAUAAUGAUAUAAUUCAUGUGGGAACAAGAGAACUCGAUUUUUCAUAG